CAAGAUAUGUUUGCAGGUGGAAAGCAUAGGAGUGGAGUGCUGUUUGUCAACUUCAAUCAAGACUUUACUUGUGUAGCUGUAGGCACUCCAGAGGGUUUCAAGAUAUUCAACUCUGAACCUUAUAAUCUAUGCUUUAGUCAAUCUAGUGGAGGUGUAGGCCUUAUCGAGAUGCUCUUCUCCACCAGUUUGGUGGCAUUGGUUGGAUCAGGCGAAGGUGGAUCAUCUCAGAGACGACUGCUGAUAAAGAACAUCAAGACCAAUCAAACAAUAUGCGACUUAAACUUUGUUACUGCCAUACUCAAUGUAAAGAUAAAUAGGACCAGAUUGGUCGUUGUAAUGGAGACAAAGAUACAUAUAUACGAUAUAAACAAUAUGAAGUUGUUAGAGACGAGAGAUGUGGACCCUAAUCCAAGAGGUCUAUGCGCUCUAUCACCAUCACAGACCAAUUUCAUGGUCUAUCCAGCGUCACAGAACAAGGGAAACAUAUUGAUAAUGGACCUGCUCACAUUGGAGACUGUCAAUCUGAUCCAGGCUCACAACAGUCAGAUAUCACAAUUGGUACUCAAUCAGAGUGGAACGAUGUUGGCCACUGCCUCGGAGAAGGGCACCGUCAUCAAAGUCUACUCAUUGCCCAAUGCCAACAAAUCGAUAUCAUUUAGACGUGGAACCUAUUCCGCCGUUAUUCACUCCAUCACAUUCAGUCAUGAUUCAAAGUAUCUUUGUGUCAGCAGUGACAAUGGAACCAUUCAUAUAUUCAAGAUUGACUUUAGUUCCGCGUCUGGAACAAACUCUGGCGUCACUUCUUAUUUGCCUGAGAUGUUGAGCCAGGUAUGGGAGCCAUCGAGGGACUUUGCGCAUGUAAAGAUACAACCAGGAAUACCAAGCCUAUGCGCGCUGAGUCAGGACAACAAGACUGCUAUGGUGCUAAUGGCUGAUGGACUCUAUCUCCAAUAUCAAUUCGAUGAGAAUGUUGGAGGAGAGCUCAAACUCAGCAAAGAGUUCUCAUUGUUGAUGGAGCCACAAGUCGACGAGGUGUCUGCCAAGAUGUUGUAG